CUCCGAGCCCGCCGGAGCAGCCUGUGCGCGGUCCCCGGGAGCCGCCGGAGCUGCGCCAUGAUAAAGCGCUUCCUGAAAGAAGACUCGGAGGAGGCAGAGCUGGCCCAGUUCCUGAAGGAGUUCCCUUCAGGCGAGAGCUUUAGGAAGGUGGAGCUGGAGGAGGGCAAGAGGGCCCCUGGCCAGGGGCCCGUAGAUCCCGGCGUGUUCUCCAGCAUAGCCCAGCCCAUUGCUGAUGAGCUGCUAGACGAGAAGGAACUGAGGCCCUUCUCCCGGCCUCGGCCCCUGGACUUUCAGCAGCACAUCGCAGCUCCGGCACCACUGAGCCCCUCGCGGCCUAGGAGCCCAUGGGGCAAGCUUGAUCCAUACGACUCUUCUGAGGACGAUAAGGAGUACGUGGGGUUUGCGACGCUCCCUAAUCAGGUCCAUCGGAAAUCGGUGAAGAAGGGGUUUGACUUCACACUGAUGGUGGCAGGAGAGUCUGGCCUGGGGAAAUCCACCCUGGUGAACAGCCUCUUCCUCACUGACAUGUACAGGGAUCGCAAACUCCUCAGUGCAGAAGAGCGCAUUACUCAGACAGUGGAGAUCACCAAACACGUGGUGGACAUAGAGGAGAAGGGGGUCAAACUGCGCCUGACCAUCGUGGACACCCCAGGAUUCGGCGAGGCCGUGAACAACACGGAAUGCUGGAAACCUGUGGCUGAUUACAUAGAUCAGCAAUUUGAGCAAUAUUUCCGGGAUGAGAGUGGCCUGAACCGGAAGAAUAUCCAGGACAACCGCGUGCACUGCUGCCUCUACUUCAUCUCACCCUUUGGACAUGGCCUUCGUCCCCUGGAUGUGGAAUUCAUGAGAGCUCUCCAUCAGCGGGUGAACAUUGUGCCCAUCCUGGCAAAAGCUGACACCCUGACACCCUCAGAGGUGGAGCGCAAGAAAAGCAAGAUUCGAGAAGAAAUCGAACGUUACGGGAUCCGGAUCUACCAGUUCCCUGAAUGUGACUCUGAUGAAGAUGAGGAUUUCAAGCUGCAGGACCAGGCAUUGAAGGAGAGCAUCCCUUUCGCUGUGAUCGGCAGCAACAUGGUUGUGGAGGCCAAAGGAAGGCGAGUCCGUGGGCGACUGUAUCCCUGGGGCAUUGUGGAAGUGGAGAACCCAGCACACUGUGACUUUGUGAAGCUGCGCACCAUGCUGGUGAAGACCCACAUGCAGGACCUCAAGGAUGUGACACGAGAGACCCACUACGAGAACUACCGGGCGCAGUGCAUCCAAAGCAUGACCCGCAUGGUGGUGAAGGAGAGGAACCGCAACAAACUGACGCGGGAAAGCGGGACCGAUUUCCCCAUCCCAGCUAUCCCAGCAGUGCCAGAUUCUGAGACGGAGAAACUCAUUCGGGAGAAGGACAAAGAGUUGCAGAGGAUGCAGGAGAUGCUGCAGAAGAUCCAGAGACAGAUGAACGACUCCCACUAGCCACCACAUUCCCCUCCAGCUCCCGCCCCACUCAGACCAGAAAUGUUUACAUCAAACCCCAGCCAUCAAAGCCAGCUCUGCUACUCGGUACCAACGAUGCACCUAGCACCUUAAGCUGAUGCGAUACGCCUUAUUAUGGACCCUCGCUGAGCUUUCCUCAGUGACCUACAGGAAAUAAAGGCUGACCUGCACCGGAGCUUCUGAAGCCACCCUCCCCUGGCUUAGACUCAGCCUGUUUCCUUGGCAAGGCUCCUGCAAACCCAGCCUGGUUCUCCUGCAGCGCUUCCCCAUGGUCUGACUGAGUCAGGCCCAGCCACUGGGCUGCUUCCCUCGCGUUGAAUGUGUGCAGCCUCUCUCAUCCAGAGCUGCCUGUCUGUGUGC